AUUUACGGGUCUACUUUUUCUUGAAAAUUGUUAUAUCAAUUCCGGAAGAAAUCCAUGUAGUCCUUUCAAAUCUUAUAAAUAUUAUGAUAGAAAUCCUUAAAAUUCAUAAGUAAAAAAUCUUAAUUAUAAAAAUUCAUAAAUAAAAUCCUAUAAGUUAUCAUAUUCUACUUAAAUCCACUAAACUCUUUUAUGUCUUAUAAAAUCUUAAUUGAAUAUGCAUCUUGUACUUUUCUUCCCAUUCUUGUUCGGUCUAUUUCCUGAUGAUGUGCAGGUACAGUGCGUUUUGACUGACUUUCUCCCCUUCUCUGAAAAAAAUGGAAGAGGCAGCCAAAGGUAAGGGAACAGUGACGUCACUCUCCUCCUUGUUCCCUGUCGAAGACGCACAGAAAGCAGCGAAGCGCCUACAGGACUCGAUCGCCGAGAGGCAACCGAUGCUGGACCAGCUCGGAGGCUUCGUCGCCGACAACGCCAGCCUCAUCAACCUCGUCCGCCGCCUCCCCGACCACCUCCACCACGAUAUUAUGGUUCCGUUUGGGAAGGCAGCGUUCUUCCCUGGGCGUUUGGUGCACACCAAUGAAUUUCUGGUUCUGCUGGGAGAAGGUUACUAUGCAGAAAGGACAUCGAGGCAAACAUUGGAGAUUUUGAAGAGAAGAGGAAUGGCAUUGGACUCCCAAGUGGAUUCUCUCAAUGCCAUGCUUAAUGAUCUUAAACUCGAGGCUUCCUUUCUUGAUGCUACGGCCUCUGAAGCCGCGGAGGGCCUUGUAGAGAUUAGGGAAGAUUAUGCGGAGGAAACUUCUUCUGAAAAAGAAUCUGAGCCAGGUCCACAUAAGCAAGCUUCUUCUAGUUCUUCUGGAACGGACUUUACAAAAGUUGCAGAUGAAGAUGAAGAAUUUGCUCGUAUAGCGUCCAGGAUGGAUGAACUGGAGAAAGAAGAACUUGAAGCUGAAAAUGAGGCAGUAAGCCUAGAGCAAACUAAAGAUGAAUUUGCAGCAGAAAGUUAUGAUGAGAGCGAUGAAGAUGAGCAAGUUGAAGCUGAUUUGCACCAGUAUUCAGAUCAUAAAUCUCUUCAUCAGAAUGUCAAAUUUUCUGAGAAAGCAAUGUCAAGAAAACCUCCAGAACUAACAGAGGAUGGAAUUGCUGCCAACAAAGAAAGUUUUACUGAUCAGCUAAGCUGUUUAGGCCUGACAGUGCAACCUAUAGCCAAAGUACAAGAUAGAAGUUCGCAUGGAAAUAUAUUAGCGAGUGAUGUUAAAAGUUCUUCUGGGAAAGCUUUGGUGGCUCCUCAAGUUCACAAUGCUCAAGCUGUGGACUUACCAAGAAGUCAGGUGGUUCCUCUUCAAAGUUCAAAACCAGAAUUUGAUGGUCAGAAAGCUUUUACAGGUUCCAUUAUUGAACGCACUCACAAUCUACGGACAACUUCAAGGGAACAAACUACAACUACAUCACAGUCUUCUGGUUCUCAACCGCCAAAACCAGUUUCAAGAUUCAAGAUGCAGAGAAAAUAGUUAGCUGUACUGUUGAGAUAUGAGAUGAGGGAGUGCUGACACCACAAGGGUCGUUUUGGAAUCUGAUGACAGUGGCCAGCACGACAACUUUAAUCUGCCUGCCUUGGUUCCAACUGUGGUGCAAAUUCCAAGUUAAAUAGUUCAUUUUGGAGCAAAGCAAACUGGGAAAAAGAAAAAUAAUUGUGCCCUACUUUUUGUAGAAUAGCGAAAGUUUUACUUGACUUGUCGUAUCGGGUAACCUUAUUUGAGUGUCCAUUGUCAAAAUUUAUCGUAUGUUUGUCUUUCUAAAUAAUGUAUGUUAAUCAGCUUUCCUGUCCCAUCAUUCUAAUCUGUCUUGACAAUUAUAUGUCAUGAGAAUAUUUGGAAGCAUUGGCUAAGUACCAUGUGGGUUUUAUUUAGCCUAUGCUUUUGUCUUCGAUACCUAAUUUGAUGUAUUUAAGACUUGUCCUCUUCGAUACA